AUGUACUUGAAAAGAUGGGAUGGUGGUCCAAUAUUCCUCUCUUUUAAAAUUAUUCUUCUCUUCUUCUUCCUUCCUGAGAGUGUCCAUGAGAGUUUGAAAUCCAUCUGUAUCCAGCCCUCCAACAUUCCUGGAAAAUUUCACAACUCCAAAUCUGAAAUGAUACUUGGGGGACUUUUUUCCUUUAUAAAUAUUCAUGAACGGAUACAGACUUUCAAAAAACAGCCAGAAGUUUCUACAUCUGGAAACCUGAUUCCCAAAAUCUUCCAGCAUGCUCUUUCUAUGUAUUUUACCAUUUAUGAGAUCAACAAGAACAUCAAGCAGUUCCUUAACACCACACUAGUCCUGGAUAUCUAUGAGAACAGUUUCAAUGUCAGGGAGGCCAGUAAGCAUGUCUUAGAUCUUCUUUUUCAGAAUAGAGGGAGUGCUAUCAACUUCAAUUGUGUCCAAAGGAGCAAAACAGACUUUUUGCCCAUCAUUGGUGACCUUCCCACCCCAAACUCUAUCCAGAUGGCCCACAUUUUGAAUACCUAUAAGGUUCCACAGAUCAGUUAUGGAUCAUUUGACCCAAUCCUAAGUGAUAAAAGGCAGUUCCCUUUCUUCUUCAGUAUGGUUCCCAAUGAAAAUAUACAAUAUGAGGGGAUUGUUCAUUUACUGAAACAUUUUGGAUGGAACUGGAUUGGCCUCAUAGCAUCAGAUGAUGAGAGUGGGGAAGUCUUUCUUCAAAAUAUCCAGCCAAAGCUCUUCCAGAAUGAUAUUUGCAUUGCUUGGAUGCAGUCAAUCCGACUUUUGAGAGAUCGAUCCUUAAAUAUGCACGUCCUUUCUGCACAUAUAUCUUAUAUAAAAGACACUAUCUUACUUCACUACUUUUUAAGAAACACCCGUUUUAAUAACAGUGCAAGAGAUGAAAUCUUUUUUGAUGAGAAGGGUGAUUUUGAUCCAGGAUACGACAUCUUCAAUUUGGUCGUCUUUCAGAAUCAAUCUUUCCAGAGAGUCUGUGUUGGAAGGAUUGACUCCAAAGCUCCUGAUGGGAAAAAGUUCACCCUCAAUGAAAAUGCCAUUGUAUGGAAUCACAAGUUUCAACAGGUCCCUCCCCAUGCCAGAUGUGUGGAGAGCUGCCCCCGGGGCUACAGCAGGGUUGUUGAGGAGGGGAAACAUGUCUGUUGCUACAAUUGCAGAAAAUGUCCUGAAGGAAGAAUUUCAGUCCAAACUGAUGCAGAUCAAUGUGAGAGAUGCCCAGAAGAUCAAUAUUCAAAUGCAGCAAGAGACCAGUGCCUUCCUAAAAUGUUCAGCUACUUAUCAUUUAAUGAACCCUUAGGAAUCAUUCUGACCUCCUUAAUUAUUUUCUUUUCUACAACCCUUAUUUUGGUGGCAUUGACUUUCUUUCUUCACUGGAACACCCCCAUUGUCAAAGCCAAUAAUAGAGACAUCACGUGUGUCCUUCUUUCUUCUCUUCUCCUUUGCUUUCUCUGCUCCUUUUUGUUCAUUGGUUGGCCUGGGAAAGUGACUUGCCUUCUCAGGCAAACAAUCUUUAGUACCAUUUUCUCCAUCUCAGUUUCUUGUAUCUUGGCCAAAACAAUCAUAGUUGUUCUAGCAUUUCUGGCCACCAAGCCAGGGAACACAAUGAGGAAGUGGCUAGGAAAAGGUCUGGAGAGAUCAGCCAUUAUCCUUGGCUCCUUCAUUCAAAUUGUUAUCUGUGUGGUGUGGUUGGUCAUAUCUCCUCCCUUCCCUGAAUUAGACAAACAUUCACAGGUUGAUGAGAUUAUUGUGCAGUGUAAUGAAGGUUCAGAUAACAUGUUCUAUAUUGUCCUGAGCUACUUGGGAUUGCUGGCCACCAUUAGUUUCAUUGUGGCUUUCUUUGCAAGGAAAUUACCAGAUACUUUCAAUGAAGCCAAGCUAAUCACUUUCAGCAUGCUUGUGUUUUGCAGCAUUUGGGUAUCCUUCAUCCCAGCCUAUCUCAGCACAAAAGGGAAAUAUAUGGUGGUUGUGGAGAUCUUCUCUAUCUUGGCUUCCACUGCAGGUCUUUUAGGUUGCAUAUUUCUCCCCAAGUGCUACAUCAUAAUCUUGAACCCACAUCUUAACACAAAACAAUAUAUGGCCAGAAGAUAA